AGAACCCGAGCAGAACUCCAGCAGAACUCCAGCAGAACCUGGGAACCGAACCUCCAGCAGAACCUGGGUACCAUGGCAACGCGGGACCAACUCCUCAAGUCCAUCUGGCACGCGUUCACGGCGCUGGACGUGGACCAGAGCGGAAAGGUGUCCAAGUCCCAGCUCAAGGUUCUGUCCCACAACCUGUGCACGGUCAUGCAGAUCCCCCACGACCCGGUGGCCCUGGAGGAACACUUCAAGGACGACGAUGAGGGCCCCGUCUCCAACCAGGGAUACAUGCCGUACCUCAACAAGUUCAUCCUGGACAAGGUGACGGGGAACUUUGACCUCCAGGACUUCAACAAGAUGUGCUGGCUGCUGUGCUCCAGGAAGAACCUGGAGACGGAUCAGCUGUUCGUCUCCAACGACGACGCCUUCAAGAUCUGGUGCAUCUUCAACUUCCUGUCCGAGGAGCGCUACCCGCUGAUCCUGGUGGCCGAGGAGAUCGAGUACUUCCUACGUAAGCUGACGGAGGCGAUGGGGGGCAGCUGGGUGGAGGAGCGUUUCGAGGACUACAAGCUGCAGCUGAACUCCAAGCAGCAGUGCCUCAGUGCCUGGCAGCUCAUCACCCUGGUGGGCUCGGGUCACUUCAGCAAGGGCAUGGACCGCCAGACGCUGUCCAUGGGCAUCAACGAAGUCUACCAGGAGCUCAUCCUGGACGUGCUCAAGCAGGGCUACAUGAUGAAGAAGGGCCACAAGAGGAAGAACUGGACGGAGCGCUGGUUCGUGCUGAAGCCCAACUCCAUCUCCUACUACGUGGGGGAGGACCUGGCGGAGAAGAAGGGGGACAUCCCUCUGGACGGGAGCUGCAGCCUGGAGCCUCUGCAGGACAAAGAAGGGAAGAAGUGUCUCUUCCUCAUCAAAUCGUCCCAGAAGAGUUUUGAGAUCAGCGCCUCGGACAAGAAGAAGAAGCAGGAGUGGAUCCAGGCGAUCCAGAUCUGCGUGACCCGGAUCCGCCAGGGCCGGCCGGCGCCGCACCGCGAGGCCCGGAUGAAGCGGCGGGACGUCCGGCUGAAGCAGCAGCAGGAGCAGCAGGAUCUGGAGACCCGGAUGAAGGAGCUGCAGACGGCAAACGAGGCCAAGCAGCUGGAGCUGGAGGCCAUGAGGAAGGCUCUGGAGGACGCAGCAGCCAACGCCGCCGAGGAAGAGAAGAGACGUCUUCAGACCCAAACAGAACUCCAGGACCGGUACCGGACGGACCUGGAGCGGGAGAAGACGGUCCGGCAGCAGAUGGAGGAGCAGGUGGCCCAGAAGUCCAGCGAGCUGGACCAGAACCUGCAGCGGGUCCAGGACCUGGAGGACAUGUACCGCCAGCUGGAGGAGGCGCUGGAGGACGAGCGGCGGGCCCGGCAGGACGAGGAGACGGUGCGGAGGCUGCAGGCCCGGCUGCUGGAGGAGGAGGCGGCUAAGCGGGCCGAGCUGGAGACCAUCCACCUGCAGCAGCAGCAGACCAUCGUGGAGACGGAGGCGGAGAAGCAGGAGCUGGAGGAGGAGCGGCGGCUGAAGGACGGAGCGCUGCAGGCCGCCAUGAGGCAGCUGGAGGAGCUGGAGACGGAGCGCCGCGGCGCGCUGGAGCAGUACCAGACGGUGAUCCAGAAGCUGGAAGACGCCACCAACAACACCCGGUCCUGGAAGCACAAGGUGGACAAGCAGGAGGGCCUGCUGCGCCUGAUCCAGCCAGGUCACAAGGGCCAGCAGCAGAUGACCAACUGGGGCCCGGCGGCCUUCUCCGAGGCCGAGCUGAGCCUGCGGGAGAAGCAGUGGCAGGAGAAGAAGAACCAGACCCCCCAGUAGAGGGGGUGGUGAUGGGAGCAUAGACAUAUAUACGUAGACGCCUCAUAGACUGACGCUGCCUAUUGGAGCUGACGUUCAGCGCGGCCGCCAUCUUGGAUGGGUCUCCAACGGCCCCCAGUGCAUUUAUUUCUACUGAGGAAGGUUUUAUCCCCGACUACAAUGAUCCAUAACUCCCAGAAUCUUUACCCAAUUUUCACACGGUUUGGUUUGUUACAAACGGCAGAGAUUUAGUUAUGAUACAGGACGCUGUCACACAUUAAAAAUACGUACUUUUAUGCUGAAAGACUUUGUAUUAUGCUCUUUAACAAAGACAUAUGGUAUGGCAUAUUGAUAAAUGUAUAAAUUAAUUAAUUUUAUAUUUUAAUAAAGAAACAAGUUUGAUUGUUCA